ACAAUAUAUUACGGGUGACAAUGGACAAGCUGUUGCUAAUACUGCACGUGUUGGUGCUUUCCGUGGACACAGUACGCGCCUCCGACGGCUGCAAUGAUGACGACUGCGCCUCCGUAUCGUGCCUACCCGAUUGGUGGCGCAGCGUGAAGGCACCGCAACUGGUCGUGGCCGCUGUGCUGGUCUUCUUCGCGACGUUCCUUCCGCGCGUACUGGUCCGCCUUCUCAUUUUUGUGCUCACCAAGCUGCCGUUCAUGCAUCAGUACAGUACAACAAUUGCCUGGUACAAUGCAUUAUGGGCAAGCGUUUAUUGACUUGUUAUUGUGCUGCUGUGCAGAGUGGCCGAGGACUUCCGGGAGUCAUGUGUGGGCUCCACGUCGUACCUCAUCUCCAUGUCGCUAGUGCUGCUGUCACUGGCAGUAUCGGAUCUGACCAAGUUUUUCUGCCACCUUCCUACCUAUAUCUGGGGAGUUUUCUUCCUCUAUUGGCUCUACUCACUGUUUAACGUCGUCCAGAGUUUGGCUGUGCGGCGGUUUGUCGGUACAAAUGGAGACUUCUCCAAGAAGAUGGUUAUCUCCGAGUCAGUCAAGAUUCUUCGGCUGACGACGCUGUUAAUCAUUGCGCUGAUCAUCUACUCGUCAGCUUUGGGUAACAGUGCUACACUCAAGUACUCGGUGCUCGGUGUGAUUGGUCUGGCCAUCGCGUUGGGCUUCGUGCCAUCUUUCCACAAUGUUGUGGGCGGUCUCUUUCUCGCGUUCAAUUCACAGUUCAAGAUUGACGACUUUAUUCGCGUUGGAGACGCUGAAGGAUUCGUACAUCGCGUAUCUCUGCGUUACACGACAGUGGUGAGCCUUGAAGGAACAACGCUUUAUGUGCCUAACAGUUUCUUUCUCUACAAGCCCAUGAUCAAUUUCUCGCAGCGACCAAAGCGCGACGUGGAUUUGCACGUCCGAGUAUCACGCGCUACACCAGUGGAGACAUUGCGACAGGCUCUACGACGCCUGGAGAGUAUGCUACAGUCGUUACAUGUUGGACUUACAUCUCACGAAGAAAACCAGUCAGACUUGCGGCAUGGCGAGAAGUGGGAACGCUUCUUUUUCGUAGCAAUGGAGGAACUCUACACCAUUCGAGUAUACUCAUACACUGAAGAGCUGGAUGCGCGCAAGUAUGCCAUGCUCAAGUCUGAAGUCUGGCUGGCUGUGACAGAAAUCAUGGAAGAACUGGGCAUUCGUGUGCUCAGCAACGAUGAUCCUGAUCACCCGUUCGCCGAGUCGCCCCAUUUCUUCAAACGCUCCAGUAGUAACACCAGUAGCCAUGCUGAUGAUAGUAGCGUCGGAGACCCAUUUACCAGCGAGAUUGGUGCCGUGGUAGGGGCCCAGCCCAGCAGUAAUGGGAUCAAAGGCCCGCGCACGCAGCUUUAAUGGUGAGCGACGAUCAGAACACAACCGUAAGUUACCCUAUCAUGUUACGCUGUCAUACCUAAUGCUGUAGCCAUUGUGCUCCAUGAACUUCGGCUUCAAUCUCUUGAAGUUCCUGCUGAAGUUCUCGUUCAAUGGUCAGAGCGCGCUCACGCAAAGCCCAGUCCUGGUCACGAUACUCGAGGCGCAAGAAUUUGCCGAGACCACUAAGCAAGCGUUUGUGUGACUCUCUGAACACUCGUUCACCGUCUCGGUGUUGUGUUGUGAGUGCUGCCAACAACGGUUUGUUCGAGGUAUCCAGCGUCGACGCCGCACAGCGAUCUAGACCACGACCAAGGGUAAAGUCCAGCCCAACUGCACUGCUGUCUUGCGGAGAUGACGAUGUUGGUGUGACGGGGUAGGCAUCGCUGGCAUCAACAAGUUGCUCAGCGUACGUGGGUGAAGACGGAGCGGGCUGGCCUUCGAUGAUCGGGUCAUCGUACAAGUUGGUGCCUGCACCGCCUGCGGCAAAUUCCAGCACCGAGAAAUCACCGGACGAUAAGCUUGGUCGUAGUCGCGUUGGAGACUUGCUUGGAUUGUAGAAACUACGUGUGGUUGGGCGUCCCCCUCGUCUUGGUGUAAUCGCGCCAGAGUCUCCACGUUUGCGACCAGAUAGUGCCGAGUCGUCCACAGCACGCGGACGUCUUUUUGACGAGCUAGACAUCGAUGACUGGGACUUGACUCGAACAGAUUGCCGCGAGUUUGGUGUGGAUGGAGCUGCUUCUGCCUCUGUUGUCGAGGAGAAUGAAGGGUAAUUGACAGCAGACUCCAGCCAGGACCCACCAUGCCACAUGAAUCGAUACGUUACGCCGAGACAUUCUAGCCGAACAGCACACAGCGCCUUAAGCGAGGACACCAACGAGUACAGAUACAUCUCAGCGAGAUGACGGUCAGAUAGCAUGAGGUCUUCUCUCUCCAUCAACAAGCAGCUACGUUGUCCAGCGGUUGAGUUAUCGUUCCCACUUCCUGAGGCAUCGUUGCUAGGAAGACGAGCUUCACCGGUGUCGAACAUCAUGCCAGACGCUUCGAUGACACGAGAAGCAGAAGGAAAUCCAUCGCCUCCGGAGGCAAAGAGGGAAGAAGCGUCAUGUCCUGCGCCGGAGAUUUUGCCUUGCUUAACCUGCGAGAGCCAACUGUGUGAGUCCGGUGUGGGAGGUUGAGCAAGGGGGCAAGCUGCAAGCUGGCUUGAAGCAGCUAACCACUUGGCUUGUCGCUGUCCCAGCUCAACUGCAAGGGCUUCCGCCGCUGCAGAAGACUCCCUUACUUGCUCGAGCAGCAAGUGCAGGGUCAUUUGGAACGAAUCUUCCAGUUUGUCACCAUCGAAGCCAAUGUCGAGGGAGUUGAUUUCAUCCUCAAGUCCGUACAUGUCGUACGGGUCUUUCUCUUCGUUGGUCUGGGCUACCUCACUGAGCCGCAGAGCAGCCGUGACGCCUUUACGGUCAGUCAAGAACUGUUUGGCAACAGCUUGGCAGCGCGAACCUAGGUCUUGUGUAAGCUUGAGAAUGCUCAGCUUAUCUUUGAAGUACCCCACCUUCUGCGAUACCAGCUCCAUCACUCGAUGACGCUGUGACAAUCUCAGUUUUUCAAGUUGCUCACCUGUGAGCCCUGCAAGUGGAGCAACAAAACAAACAUUGGUAAUUAUUCGGUCUCCUCAAGGAGUUGGCAAGAAUCGACCUACAGGGGAUGGUAAGAUCGUCCUUGAAGACCACGGAGAAGACCGCAUCAGCAUCGAUGCAGCUUCGUUCGCUAGCUCUCAAAUACUCCUCCGCUUCAGUGGCAGUUUUGGCAUGAAAAAGCGUUUCUUCCGCGCGAAACAGCAACGCAAUACCGACUCCGUAGAACACAAUCACUCCACGAAUGAAGAAGGCAUCCCAAAUCCGCAGAACCUGCGUCAGAAGAUAGCAAUUCAGGAAGUGGUAACGAUAUGGAUUCGUAUAGACUGCAGCACUUACUGUGGGGAGCGGGAUAAGCGAAGCGGUGAAUAAGCUUAGGAACCAUCGUUCAACUAGCCGGCCAAGAGGGAACUUCAAGGUUGCUAGAUGAGCUGCGAGAGUCGGUAAACGGUUUUCUAGAAGUGUGGUGAACGCUGCCACAUCAAUCUGCAAAGCUGGCCGGUAGCCAUGGAAAUAACCCGGAAGAAGCGAAUCGAUGAUGCUGUUAACCAUGAAAACGCGAAUAUUUCAGCAUUGCACAGUAGUCAUCUAGUAACCUUUACAAAUGAGGGUAUCCGUACCUGUUAAUGAUCCAGAAUGCGCUCUCUUCUUCGACAUACGCGAGCAGUAAACAAGACACUCUCCAAGGAAAUGGAUGGGAAUAUGGACUGGAUGAAACCACAAAAACAAAACAAAAGCAGUAAUGAGAGACUGUGAGCAAAGAGAUAGCCACAAUCGGCUUGUCAACUUACUUGUAACGCGAGCUUGCGAUUAAUAACCGGCGCCUGGAUGUAAGCUCCCAAUCUGCUGCAGGGUAGUCGCUAGGGUACACGUAGUUGCCCAUUUUGCCCUUUUCGAGCUGCUUGAGUGUAUUUCGAGCUGACGGGCGUCUACGAAAAGGAUCGCUGCCAGCUUUAGUCUCUUCGACCUCAAACUGUUCGGCGUCUUCGUCGUCCAUGGAGUCUCGUUCGUCAUCGUAAAAUGACCCGCGGUCUUCACUGUAUUGAUCUGACGGGUUCGAUGCAUCUGAAACAGCACGUCCAAAGCGACCGGAUAAAUUCUGUAGUUCACUUGUCCGCGCAGUAACCGCUGCGUGCCCACUUUCCUGGAGCGCCAACGCGCACAAACGGGUGAAAAGCAUUUGGUUCUCCGGUGUAUCCAUCUUCGUUGCGUCAAUGGCUGCAGAGCACAUUUCAUAAAUUGCGUGCUUCUUCGAUGUUGGAGAUUUGUGGCCACUUCUGACAGAAUUUUCACGUGAUGGCAUGCGGAAAACGUUCGAUGACUUGGAUGCACUGCGGAUCGCAUGUUUAAGCUCUACGCGUCGUUGGAGAUCGGUCGCACCAGAAAAUCCUUUCCAAAGUUGUCCACGCAGCUCGUCUGGGAUUCCUGCACGGACUGCCGAGAUAAUCUAUUCAAUAAAAUAGUCAAUUUUUAACAAAUAGAAGGUGUUUGAAAUCAC